AUGACUAGAAAGAAAAAGUUAAAAGGCUGGGAUAGUGAUAGCGAAGAUUUAUGUAGUGCUUGCUUGCAAAGGGAGUUAGGUGAACGUAUACCUCCCAGUCGAAAACAAGUCACAUUUCCUUUAGAUGACGAGGCAGACUUUGAAGAAGAUAAGGGCAUGAGCCAAAAAGAACAACUAAUCUUAAUAAAAAAAGAAUUCAAAAUCCAACUUACCGAAGAGCAAAAUAAAGCCCAUGAGACCAAACUUUUACUAGAACAAAAAAUCCAAGACUUAGAAACCCAACUCUUCAAUCUCGCUAAACAAAAACUCAAAGGCAAAAAGGAAACCCAGGAGCUCAAGCAAGAAAUCACCCAACAUUUAGCCCGUAUUCAAGAGUUAGAAACCCAACUAACCAGCAAAACCACUGAACUCACCCAAGAAUUAGCCAAAACUCAACAAUUACAGCAAACCAAAGAAACUAACGAAAAAGCCCUCCAAGAAAAACAAAAAGAACUAGCAGAACUCCAAAAAACUUUAACCGCCAGCCAAACCUCCAUGGCUAACUUACGCCAAGAAAUUGCCGAACUAAAAAAAGCCAGCGUCAGCAAAAAAGAACUGGAAGCCGAGCAAAAAAAGCUUCAAAUAAACAAAGAAGUCUUACAAAAGCAAAUUACCGAGAACCGCAAGCAAGAACAAACUAUCCAAGGUUUAGAGAAGAAUUUAGCAAAGAGUGAGGAAGUUUUAAAGGAAACUAGCGAACAAUUAGCCCAUGCCCAGCAAGAAAGCGCUGAAUUAGCCCAGCAAAAGGAACAGCUCCAAAAAGAUUUAACUCAAUCUCUCCAGCAAUUAGCCCAAGCCCAAGAAAACCAGUCCUUAUUAGAGCAAAAAAUCACUGACCUCGAAACAUCCCUCUUCAAUCUCGCCAAACAAAAGCUAAAAGGCAAAAAGGAAGCUAGCGAACUAGUCGCCCAAUUAGAAACCAAUUGCCAAGAACACCAAGAAACUUUAACUAGAAAAAGCAAAGAAUUGAGCAAACUAAGGUUAGAGGUGGUUAGUUUACAGGGUCAACUAAAAGCCAAAGAAAAACCCAAGCCCGAUAAAUUUCCCGCUAAAACUGAACCAAUUAAUCCCUGA